AUGGGGCGCGGCCGCCGUGGGCCUGGGGCUCACCGUGUUCACCUGCGGCCCCCACACGCUGCACUCUCUGAUCACUGUGCUGGGGACCUGGGCGCUCAUUCAGGCCCAGCCCUGCUGGUGAGUCUGGCCAGUGACGUCCAGGACCUGCACUUGGCCCAGCGGAAGGAAAUGGCCGCGGGCUUCAGCAAGCCGCCCGCCCUGGGGCUGCUGCCCGACGUUCCCUCCCUGAUGGAGACGCUGAGCUACAGCUACUGCUACGUGGGGAUCAUGACGGGCCCAUUCUUCCGCUACCGCACCUACCUGGAUUGGCUGGAGCAGCCCUUCCCCGAGGCCGUGCCCAGCCUGCGGCCCCUGCUCCGUAGGGCCUGGCCGGCCCCGCUCUUCGGCCUGCUCUUCCUGCUGUCCUCUCACCUCUUCCCAUUGGAGGCCGUGCGCGAGGACGCCUUCUACGCCCGCCCGCUGCCCACCCGCCUCUUCUACAUGAUCCCAGUCUUCUUUGCCUUCCGCAUGCGCUUCUACGUGGCCUGGAUUGCUGCCGAGUGCGGCUGCAUUGCUGCCGGCUUUGGGGCCUACCCCGUGGCUGCCAAGGCCCGGGCCGGGGGCGGCCCCACGCUCCAGUGCCCACCCCCCAGCAGUCUGGAGAAGGCAGCUGCCCUGGAGUACGACUAUGAGACCAUCCGCAACAUCGACUGCUACAACACAGACUUCUGUAUGCGCGUGCGGGAGGGCAUGCGGUACUGGAACAUGACGGUGCAGUGGUGGCUGGCGCAGUACAUCUACAAGAGUGCACCUGCUCGCUCCUACGUCCUGAGGAGCGCCUGGACCAUGCUGCUCAGCGCCUACUGGCAUGGCCUGCACCCCGGCUAUUAUCUCAGCUUCCUGACCAUCCCGCUGUGCCUGGCUGCGGAAGGCUGUUUGGAGGCGGCCCUGUGGGCGCGGCUGAGCCCCCGGGGCCAGAAGGUCUGGUACUGGGUGCACUGGUUCCUGAAGAUGCGUGCCUACGACUACAUGUGCAUGGGCUUCGUGCUGCUGUCCAUGGGCAGCACGCUCCGGUACUGGGCCUCCAUCUACUUCUGCAUCCACAUCCUGGCCCUGGCCUGCUUGGGGCUGGGGCUAGCUCUGGGAGGGGGCAGGCGCAGCAGGCAGAAGACUUCGCCCCAAGCCACCAGCACGGCCCCCGAAAAGCUCCGGGAGGAGUGAGCCGCUGCAGCGCGCCCUCUGCUGGCCGGUCCCGCCACACGCUGCGCCCCCUGGGAGUCCGCGCCAGCGAGCUGUCUCUUCCCGCCGAAGUUUCAGGGGGGCCUGGCCUGAGGAGGGUUCCAUCUGCCCCACUUAGCUCCCCGCUUUACACUGGAUCAGAGGCGAGGCAGUGCCCUCUCGCCUUCCCCUCUCCGACACCAGGGUACCAUCUGGACGCCUCCCUGCCCUGGCCGAAGUGUUCAGAACCACCGGCCUCGGACAGCAGGGUGGGCGUGGCAGGGUUUGCUCAGACGUUCUCUUCGGACCUGCUGCCCAGGGCCCGGGGCAUCGAGCUCGGCUUCUGGAGGGAGCGCUUCUUCCUGUGUCCUGUUCCAUUUUUAAUUUCCAUCCAACCGAUGCUUUUUGGGCAAUGUACAAGGGGAUGUGACCUUCCAUUUCCUAACUGGGAAUUUGUUCCUGUAGCCCUUGGCCCAGAAGGGGUCAGAACGCAUCGGUCUUCCCAAUAAAGUGUCACAUGGGCGUGUUUGUGAGA